AUGGCGAUGCAGAGCCCGUACGACCACGUAACUGAGAAUUACGUCGCCGUACGGCCCCAGUAUCCCGACCAGUGGUUCUCCAAGCUCUCCGCUUUGACCUCCCGCCAUGCCUUGGCUUGGGAUGCCGGCACUGGCAACGGCCAAGCGGCCAUUGCGGUCUGUCGCAGAGUGGUUGCAACUGACAUAAGUGAACCCAUGCUGAAGCAAGGGAUCCCACACCCUCGAGUUCAGUACCUACACACGGGGUCAUCCUUGUCAGAAGAAGAAAUGGUGGCAAUGCUCAGGGGCGAGAACUCAGUCGAUUUGAUCACGGUGGCCGCUGCUGUCCAUUGGUUUGACAUCCCAAAGUUCUACUCUGUUGCCAAACGGGUCCUCCGCAGGCCCGGAGGCGUGAUCGCCAUUUGGACCUACACGGACAUGAUCAAAGUCAAUCCAAAAAUUGAACAUAUACUAAGACGUCUGCGCGAAGCCAGUAAGCCAUAUUGGAAGCCAGGGUUGCAGUACAUGUUUGAAGAGUAUCGAAACCUUCCAUUUCCGUUUGAGAGCGUGGGUUUAGGUUGCGAAGGACAACCUGUUCAGCUAGAAAUGCCGAGGGAAAUGAGUUUUGAGACGUUUUUGAGUGUCCUGAGGACUAUGUCGGCAGUAGCGACGGCCAAGCAGGAUGGCGUGGACCUGUUGACCGAUGAUGUUGUGAAAGAGUUUGAGACCGCUUGGGGCGGAUCGGAUUUGGUCAGAACUGUCAAGUUCAAGGUUUUUAUGCUCGCUGGAACCGUGAAAGCUUGA